CAAUGCUUUCAUGAUGUGUCAAAUAUGUAAUUGCUAUUGAAAUGUUGUAUACAUAUUUCUGUAAUCUCGUUGGAAUUACUUUGCAAAAAGAUCUAAAAAAAGUUUGUGAAAAGAUCUAAACGAAUGGACGGAGAACAGUUAAAAAAAUUGACCCUUUCGGAAGAAGACGGAGUAAUCAAUAAACGGCCACAAUUUGGUAACCGUUUCCUUUCAACGGACGACGAUGUUUUCCGGCACAAUGCUUGGUAGGAAAGUAUUCCAAAAAGUCUUAGCUCACUUUACAACAUUGCCUUCCGCAAAACAUUACUGUGAUUACGAGUUCACGCGCUACCGGAAGAAACCUCGCAUCGGUGAGCGAUUUUUGAAGGAUCCAGCAAACAUUUAUGAUUUCAACACGUGGGAUAAUGUGGAAUGGGACGAAGAACAGGAAAAGAUUGCGCUUGAAAGUGUGCAGAAAAAUUCAUCCGUCAAAUUGAACCCGGAUGAAGCUUUAAAAUUGGAAACUGAGGCAGAUGCAAACUGGGAUAAGUUCUAUGGUACUCAUCAGAACCGCUUUUUUAAAGAUCGCCACUGGUUGUUCACAGAGUUCCCUGAAUUGGCCCCACGAAACACCAGAGACGCACCGGAAAGAGUAUUUCCUGACGAUGCGUUGAAUACGGGCAAAGAUAAGAGCAAUUCGAGCAUAGAUGUAAAUACGACAAGGACAAUUUUUGAAAUUGGAUGCGGUGUAGGGAAUACAGUUCUCCCUAUUCUGAAGUACAGUGUGGAAGAUAACUUGAAAAUUUACGCUAGUGAUUUCUCAAAACAAGCCAUUGAGAUUUUGAAGGAAAAUAAAGAGUUCGAUCAACGUUGUGAAGCAUUCGUGCUGGAUGCAACGGCAGAUAAAUGGGAUGUUUCGUUCGCAGAGAACAGUAUUGAUAUUGUGGUGCUAAUUUUUGUGCUCAGCGCAAUUGAUCCUCACAGGAUGCAGCAUGUUGCAAAUCAAAUCGCCCGAUAUCUGAAACCAGGUGGGCUUUUGCUGUUACGAGACUAUGGCAGAUACGACUUAGCACAGCUUCGGUUUAAACCUGGGAAAUGCAUUAAAGAAAAUUUCUAUGUCAGAGGCGACGGGACUCUUGUUUACUUCUUUACACAAGAGGAGCUUAGGAAAAUGUUUGAACAGGCAGGCUUAGUCGAGGAGCAAAAUAUUGUUGACCGCAGGCUUCAAGUUAACCGUGGGAGAAUGAUAAAAAUGUAUCGUGUUUGGGUGCAAGCCAAAUAUAGGAAACCUAGCUAGUACAAGUCUAAGGUCAUGUCGAUUUUAUUCCAGUUAUUACAUCUACAAGCAAUGUUUCCGUUCGGCUCUAGUUUUAACAUAUACUAAAGAAAUACAAUAGAACUUGAUGAUCAACAUA